GACGCAAACCUGCAACACACACACACACACGCCACAAUGCCCGUCCUGGGACCUUUAUACAGUGUGUGUUUCGCCCGGGUGAGGCUAAGGUCGCACAUUAAGGUCAAGAAGCUCAUAGGAAUGUGCAGUAGCCAGAGGAGGAAAUACAGUCAAGAACACCUCGAGAAAUGUUAUGAAGAUCACCGGGCGCUGUGGGAGAGUGAGUGUUGUAAGAAAUUGCCAGAGAAUGUCAAUCCAAGAGCUGUCUUUGCUUGCAACGAACUUGAUCUGCGAGAUGUUUCAGUGUAUGGCUUUGACUAUGACUAUACACUGGCCAACUAUGAGCCAGCUGUGGAACACUUGAUAUACGAACUCGGAAAGAAUGUACUCGUCUCUAAGUAUAGAUAUCCAGAGGAAAUUAAAUCUCUGAAAUAUAACAGAGAGUUUGCAGUGCGUGGCCUCCACUAUGACAUCGAACAUGGCCUUUUGAUGAAGCUGGACCAGUUCCAGCAGAUCCAGCAGGGCUCCAUUUACCAUGGCCUCACACCCGUCAGCCAAGAGCAGGUCCUCAAGACGUACGGUGGAAGAUCCUUGCCGUUACAUUACGUGGAGGGCCAUUUGCGUGGGGCCUCGGUUUUAGAAGUCGAUGUGAUCCUGGACUGUGCCUUUUUGCCAGGAACUUCGCGGGACACAAAAAUGGCGCACCUGGCAGAUCUCUUCUCCCUGCCUGAGAUGUGUCUACUAAGCCAAGUUGCGCAGUUCUUCAUGGACCAUAAUCUACAGUACCACUCCGUCCCUCUCUUCAAUGACGUGAAAGCAGCCAUUGCGAGCAUCCACCCGGAGAUGCACCGAAUUGUGGGUCGGAAUAUCAGCGAAUACCUAAUCAAGGACCCCGAUCUCGUUACCUUUUUCCAGAGAUUAAAAGAAAAUAAAAAAGAGAUCUUCAUUAUUACCAACAGCCCCUUUUAUUUUGUAAAUGCAGGUUUGUCAUACCUCCUGGGAGAAGACUGGCGUGAGUUCUUCGACGUCGUGGUGGCCAGCGCUAAAAAGCCAGCAUUUUUCACAGAUAGCAUGAGGCCCUUCCGUGAACUAAAUGAGGAAAUCCAUACGCAGACGUGGGGUCCAGUGACGCAGUUAGAGAAGGGGAAAAUUUAUUUGGAGGGAAACCUAAAGCGCUUGCAAGAGUUGAAGGGUUGGCAGGGGCAGCAGGUCCUUUACUUUGGCGAUCAUCCCUACAGUGACCUGGCUGACGUGUCCCUAAAUCACGGCUGGAGAACUGGAGCCAUCCUUUGGGAGCUGGACUACGAGAUACAGUGCCUAAACGCCGAUGACUACAAGAGAAUGAGUGGAUGGCUGAUGAUCCUUCAGAGCUUGAUAGAAAGCAGCCAAGAUUUUGAGGACGAAGAAUCUCGUAAGCUGAUCGAGAAAUGGGAGGAGGAGAGAGAUCAGUUGAGAAAGAAGACCAAAGAGCUGUUCAACCCCCACUUUGGCAGUGUCUUCCGAACCCACGACAACCCCACAUACUUCUCACGGCGUCUCUUCCGCUUUGCCGACAUCUAUACCUCGCGCCUCUCCAACCUGAAUGACUACAGCGUCAACCACACGUUUUACCCAAGAAGAGGUGUUUUACCCCACGAGUACAAGUCUCUCUUCGUCUAAAAGGGACUCACUAGGCUGUGAAGCAACAAGGGAUUGCCUCUUCCACAGCAUUAAUUUGUCAGCAAAAGGAGGCAGAGAAAAGCAAGAAAGAAAUAAGGAAUAUA